AUCAUCAGCUCAAAGAAAACAUCCAAAAGGUAAAUUGUGUUGUCAGACGUCGGUUUCCUAUUAUAAUUGGGGUCAUCGGAGAAUCAAGAUGUUUGUUCCAGAGCAAGAUAUUAGCGAGCAUUCAAGUACAUUAUGGAUUUGUGGCAGAGAGGACGCAAUCGGCAAUAAUGCAAAGCAGCUUUCAUAGUCGAGGCCGGUCAGUCGGCCACAUGCCCGUUUUGGCGGUUUUCAGUACAUGGAGAUGUACUCUGCUCGCAUCAUUACCGUCAAUACUUGUGAAAAGAAGCUGGUGAGUAGUGAAUAACCUUUUCCUUCCGUGAAAUUUCUGACGGACUUCAAAUUCUCCCUUGGCACGUUAUCCAAUUUCUUUAUCUUAUACUCCUACAUCUUUAGGCAGCUGCAUGUUGCUAUUGCUACUUCUAUACACCACGUUUUCGCCCAAACAAAAAUGACCACACCUAAUUUAGUACUCAUGCGGCAUAUACAAUUUGUGUUCUAAUGUUGGUCGUAAGGCUAGCAAUUAAGAUCGUGACGAACUUUAGAAAAUAAAAGGAUGAACUUUAGCAUAGCAUUAGCCCUAGCAAAUACACCCUCCAUUCCAAAUUUUUGGGUGUAUAAUUUUUGUUUAUUGUCAAAAAUAUUAAUGUUUGACCCAUCUUAUCUUAUAACAAAAAUAUCAAUUUCUACGAUGCCAAACGAAAGUCAUUCGGUUCAUUGUAAAAUAUAUUUUCAUAGAUCUUCACUUGGCGAUGUUGAUAUUUUUUUGCUACAAAUUUAAUCAAAAUUUUGAAAGUUUGACAAUAAAAAAACAUAUACGCGCUACAUUUCUCAAAAUCACGGAGAUUCGCCCUGUUUUACAUGUAGUUUCGUUUUUACAUUCAGUCGAAUAGUGCCGACGCACACGUGAGCCGACCCGCGCAUGUACACACUUAGCAAAAGUGACCGGGUAGACUGGGCGCUGGCGUAGGUGCAAGAAUCCAUCCCACCUACACACUUCGAUCGACGCCAUUAUUUUUGAGCUGUCCUUCAAGAACGCUGCUAGUACUCCGUAGCUUUUUCUUUGACGAUUACUCUACAGCAACAGAAAGCUCGUAAUCUCCCUGCAAGAAAAAAAAAGCUCGUACCUAAAAAAACACACCAAACAAGCCAAGAGGAAAAUCACAAAUUAUUCUCUCUCCCUCGUCACCUGUCACCUUCUUUUCCUCUUCACCCCUCGGCCAUCUUCUUCUAUCUCCUCAUCACUCCCCGCUCCAGUCAGUCUCAGGACGUCACUAGCGAGAUGGGGAGAGGCGUUCCUCCCGAUUCACGCCCCCCGCUCGGGCCGCUGGUCCUGCUUGUGCUUCUUGCCGCCGUGCUGCCUUCCCCGGCGGCGGGGGUCAACGUGGCCGCCGUGCUCGCGGCGUUCCCCAACUUCUCCGACUUCCUGCGGCUGCUCACGUCCAGCCCCGUGGCCGGCGAGCUGACCGGGCGGUCGUCGCUGACGCUGCUGGCCGUGCCGAACGCCAACCUGCCCCGCUCGCCCUCCGCUUUCGCCGCGGCCUCCGGCGCCGACCUCGCCGACGUUCUCAGGUACCACGUCCUCCUCGAGUACCUCUCCCCGUCCGACCUCGCCCGCCUCCCGGCCUCCGGGAAGCUCGUGACCACGCUGUUCCAGACCACCGGCCGCGCGCCCUCCGACCUCGGCGCCGUCAACCUCACUUCUUCCGCAGCCGGAGGCCACUCUUCCACGGUUGUCGUCCACUCGCCAGCGCCGUCGUUCCCGGGGUCGAACGCCACCGUCCUCGGCGCCGUCACCAGGGAGCCGUACAACAUCAGCGUGCUCGCCGUGGGCGGCCUCAUCGUCCCCUCCGGCUUCGACAUCGCGGCCUCCGGUUCCGAGAGCCGCCCCGCGGUCAACAUCACCCGCGUCCUCGCCGACGCGCGGGGCUUCAACGUGGCCGCCUCCAUGCUCGAGGCCUCGGGCGUCGCGGACGACUUCGAGGCCGACGAGCGCGGCGCCGGCAUCACCGUCUUCGUCCCCACCGACGACGCAUUCGCCGCUGGUGGCCUCCCCGACGCCGCCGGCCGCCUCCAGUCCCUCCCCGCCGACCGCAAGGCCGUCGUGCUGCGCUUCCACGUGCUGCACUCCUACUACCCGCUCGGCUCCCUCGAGUCCAUCGUGAACCCCGUCCAGCCCACGCUCGCCACCGAGUGCACCGAGGCCGGCCGCUUCACGCUCAACAUCACGCGCUCCAACGGCUCCGUCGCCAUCGACACCGGCGUCGUGCAGGCCUCCAUCACCCGCACGGUGUUCGACCAAAAUCCCGUCGCGGUCUUCGCCGUCUCCAAGGUUCUGCUGCCCAAGGAAAUGUUCGGCCAGGGGAAUACCGCUAGCGCGGCCGCGGCGGCAGCGCCUCCGGCCGCCAUGGCUCCGGACGCGUCUGAUGACGGGCCGACGCCGCCGACGAAACUGUCAUCGCCGCCAGUUUGGGCUACGGCAAGAGGCGCAAAUUGGUCGUGUAUAGGAUUUGUCUACCUGCAGCUUCAUCUGCUGCUGCUGCUGCUGCUGCUACUACUACCUCUGGAAAAAGAAAUGAGGUGUGGCUUCUCUAGGAUGCAAAGUUGUCAGAAUGUUUAUAGCGGCUAGGUUUUUUCUCCUGGUCAAACAGAAUUCAGUCUUGCCAUGACCAUGAUGAUAUGGUAGCUGCGUUGGAGAAACUACAAGUCAUUGGUUCGGUUAAUUGUUGGCCUUGUGGGGUUGCCCAUCUGCAUCCUACAAUAACAUGAAAAGGUCCACGAUGGUACUGUCUCAUGCACUUGCACCUAUCAUCUAUGUUUUCCACGCUCUGAGGUCUUUAUCAUGCUGCGGAUACUGUUAAUUUCACAUGUGCACUAUUUUUUUUGCCUCCUAUGUGCACUUGCCAACUGCCGACUAUUGUGCUGCAGCUUACAUUUAUGAGAUAGUGGAACUUCAUCAGUGCUGAAUAACUUGAGGUUGCCCAUCAUUUUCUUUUCUUUUUUGAUUUUCUCGCCCUUAAGGUAGUACUCAUACAAGUGGGCAAUAGUAGGGGUAUCAGGUAUGCAGUAUUCCUUUUUGUUGUUACAUGUGUGUACUAGCUAAUGAUUAUGCUACAUUGGUUUCCCUUGAGAUGAGUGAUUGUGCUUACACAUAAAAUGAGCACAACAGAAAUCUCGUGUAUACUCCCCCUCCUUUCUGUAUCUAACUGCAUGUCCUUUUUAAGAAAAAGAAAAUGUAUGUACAGUUACUGCAGGGUGUUGUCAGUUUUAAGUUGUGUUUCAAGAAUGUAAAACGGAUUAAAUCAAUGUUCUUAGUGGUAUAAAGUAGCAUUUGUUUUCUCCAAAUUAAGGGGCAGAUAACAGCACACUAGUGUAGCAAGGGAUCAGUCUUACUGUGUCAGUAGGCUGGAGGGAAAUAAAGUUGCUUCUGUAUUCUUGCGAUAACAGUUAUGUAAGAUUGUUUAGUUUUUUGUCAGAAUGUAAGAUUGUUUAUUGCGA